UGAUUAGAUAUUAUAUCAUACCAGGUGCAAAGAGUAUCAUAAUGCGGGCUAAUUCCUCCUUUGAUUCCUACGGGAAACUACAACCUGUUAUAAGCCAUCUGUCUGCCUUUGAAAUCCCCGAAUGGGCAGAGAGUCCAUUAUAUCGAGAAUAACGAAUCUUCAUUCCAUUUAUAAGCACCAUCCCCCGCGUCUACAGUACACCCCACCAUCUUUAGUCGCCUCUCUCCUCCCCACCACCAACAUCCACCCCCAAUCAACCUGAAAAUGCUAGAAAACGUAAAACAUGUUGUCCUAGUCCUCUCCGGCAAAGGCGGUGUCGGCAAAUCCUCCGUAUCUGUUCAACUUGCUCUGACCCUCGCCCGGGCUGGCAAAAAAGUCGGAGUCCUAGACAUAGACCUGACAGGCCCGAACAUCCCGCGGAUGUUCAACGUAGAGGAGGAAAAGGUCCACCAGGCGCCCGGUGGCUGGAUCCCCGUGAAAGUCGGGGACUUGGGCUCAGCGGGGGAUGGUGUAGGGAGUAUCGAGUGUAUGAGUUUGGGUUUCCUGCUUCGAGAUCGGGGAGAUAGUGUUGUUUGGAGAGGGCCUAAGAAGACGGCUAUGGUCAGGCAGUUCCUUACCGACGUUCUGUGGGGGGAUGUGGAUUAUUUAUUGGUUGAUACUCCGCCAGGGACCUCCGACGAACACAUCUCCUUAGCAGAGCAGCUCCGCAGCGUAUCCCCCGACGGCGCCAUUGUCGUGACGACCCCACAGGCAAUUUCCACGGCAGACGUGUGCAAGGAGCUCAACUUUUGCAAAAAGGUCGGGCUUGACAUCCUCGGCGUGAUCGAGAACAUGAGUGGUUUCGUGUGUCCACAUUGCUCCACCUGCACGAACAUCUUCUCUAGCGGCGGUGGUGCCGUCAUGGCGGAGCAGUUUGGCGUGGACUUUUUCGGCGCCGUGCCGAUUGAUCCGGCCUUCAAUCUUAUGCUCGAGAGACAGAAGGAGACGACGGAUGAGGUGGGGCUGCUACAGAGGUAUGGAGAAUCGAAGCUUUUCCCGGUGUUUGAGGGGAUUACGGAAAAGUUGUUGGCGAAGACAGAGAAGGCAGUUGCAAAUGGGAGUGGGAACGGUGAGGGUGGAUAAGGUUGGGAAUUGGAAUGGGGCCUGUAUACUUGUAUGAGUAGCAGAUAGCGACUUGAUCAUGACGGGAAAUACCAAUGCAAUGGCUAGA